AUGGUGGACAGUUUGCUUUCCGCUAACAACCGCGUUGUGCUCUGUGGAAACCGCUCCUGCAUCUUCCGCCGCAGAAGCGGGUGGAGGCACACACAUCAGUCAGAUUACGCUCCUCGCGUGUCCUUGCUCCUGCUGGCUCGAACAGCUCUGAACAUCUGCCCCCUGGGGUGUCUCAAGGGCUUGACCACAAACCUUGAGGAUAAAAGGGAGCUGAUGAGACUUGCUUUUUGGUUUUCGGCUCGGAAGAAGUUUCAGUGCAACUUUCUUUGGUCAUCUGGAAUCCGGGUUCAUCUGACACCAGCUCCCUCCACCAGGCUGCCCAAGUUCAACACCAAUGAGAUCAAAGUCAUGUACCUGAGGUGCACCGGUGGCAAAGUCGGUGCCACGUCUGCCCUGGCCCCCAAGAUCGGCCCCCUAGGUCUGUCUCUACAAAAGGUUGGUGAUGACAUCGCCAAGGCAACAGGUGACUGGAAGGGCCUGAGGAUUAUCAUGAAAUUGACCAUUCAGAAUAGACAGGCCCAGAUCGAAGUGAUACCUUCUGCCUCUGUGCUCAUCAUCAAAGCCCUCGAGGAACUGCCAAGAGACAGAAAGAAGCAGAGGAAUAUUAAACAUAAUGGAAACAUCACUGUUGAUGAGAUUGUCAGCAUUGCCCUACAGAUGAGGUACCGGUCUUUGGCCAGAGAACUCUCUGGAACCAUUAAAGAGAUCCUGGGGACAACCCAGUCUGUAGUCUGCAAUGUCGAUGCCUGCCACCCUCAUGACAUCAUCGAUGACAUUAACAGUGGUGCAGUGGAAUGCCUAGCUGGUUAA